AUGGAAUCUAGCGACCAAGGCGCUCUUAUUGCUCAGGGAGCAGAGGCGCGUGUGACUCGCAUACUCUACCUGGGACGCAACGCGGUGCUGAAAACCAGACUCUCCAAGCAGUACCGGCACCCCGAGCUGGACGACGCUCUGAAUAGCAAGAGGAUAGUCGCGGAGUGCCGCGCGGUGGCCAGGCUGCGGCGCCACGGCAUUUACGUGCCGCUGGUAUACCUGGUGGACGUGAAGAAUCGCCAAAUAGUCUACGAGUUCAUAAAGGGGCAGACCGUGCUGGACGCGCUUAAGGAGUCACACCAGGAUAUCUGUGAAGACGUGUUGAAGCGUGUCGGGGUUGCAGUUGCGAAGAUGCAUGACGUCAACAUCGUGCAUGGCGACCUGACGACGAGGAACAUGCUACGCACCGAGAGCGGCGAGAUUUGUCUAAUCGACUUCGGCCUCAGUUAUGUGUCAACUCUUGCAGAGGACAAGGGCGUUGACCUGUACGUGUUGGAGCGCUGCUGCGACGCCAACGAGUUCGAGCUGUUCUUGAACGCCUACAAGCAGCAAAGCAGGUCCGCCGCAGCCACGAUAGCCAAGCUGGCGGAGGUGCGCCUUCGUGGCCGCAAGCGUGACCAAUCAGGUUGA